UGUUAUGAAUGAAAAGUGUCAAACAAGAAAAGUGUUUACAAAAUUGAGGAUGACUGAUGGUGAACAUUUUGUGCAAGACUAUAUUUUGGUGGAAUUUUGCAUAAUAAAUAGAUAUAAGCAAUACAAAAAUGACAUUUGAACUUGAAAUGAAUUCAUGUAUAGUUUCUGACUGUAAACAUACCAUCGUAAAAAUGCUUACUGAGAGUUGAAUUGUCCAUUGCAAUUGAAGCUCAUAACGAACAAAGUUUAUAUUUUUCAUAUUUUGCAAUGGCUAUUGCUUCAGUACAUGGGAUUUUCAUUACAAUUUUGAUAGUCAUAUUUUCCUGUGAGUGUAUCUGGUUCAUGUGUACGUAUAAUGAUGCCAUCUUCAACAAGAGGAGCUACAAAAGCCCUCACCCAACACAUGGUCAGAAGUUUGAAGGGGAAAGGAAUUUACAAGGAGUGGACAAAGAAAAGAGACUCGUUGUAAUGGGUAAGGCCUUUCGACAUGAUUCAGAAACAUUCCUCACGAACAGCACAUAUGAUGGACGUGAACAUCAACAUUUGAAGUUUAUCUGGUUGAAAUCCACCGUGAUGAAACGCAUACUGUCACGAGAGCUCUACAAAGAAUUUAUAGAUCUCUUCCGUACAUUAGACCAGGCAUUUACUGAAGCUAAUAUAACAUAUGUGAUGUCUGAUGGCACAUUGCUGGGGUCGUAUCUUUGUCAUGGUAUGAUACCCUGGGAUGAUGAUGGUGACCUUAUGGUUGAUAUCGCAGAUAGACCUAAGGUUCACUUUGUUUUGGGAGAACUAAACAAGAAGGGGUUUGCUGCACAUGGGUACCAUGAUGAAAAUGAUGAAUAUGCUAAAUUUAACUGUAAAGAUGAACCAAGACAAAAAGAAUCUAAACCCACGAGACGGCUUUGGCAUAAAUUCAAAUUCUACAAAUGUGACCAUCGCCUGUAUAAGCCCGUCCCUAAACUGCACUACAACUGGCCAUUUCUCGAUAUCAAAUAUUUUGAAAAUGAUAUAUCAUCAGAAUAUAUCCGGAAAAAGGACUUCACCGAUGGGAUUGUUCAGUUAAAGAAAUGGGGAGAGUUUUACCCAUUGUAUAGAAGACCCUAUGGACCUCUAUGGUUACCUUCCCCAAGGGACACAUUGAAAUACCUGAGACUGAAAUAUUUAGCCAGGACAAAUUUCACAGAUAUCGAAUGUAAGACAAAAGGUUGGGAUCAUAUCAAAGAGAACUGGCGCCAUACACAGAGUGCAAAUUGUGAUUUAAUAAGACAAGUUUUUCCUGGUGUUUCAAGAAAAAUCGUGAAGAGUGAUAAUCCCAGGGGAACGAGAAGUGUACUGGAAACUCUAACAUUGAAUGGAACUGUGCUGCAUACUGUUGAAGUUAAAGGACAGACUGAUUACCAUUUCCCUGCGCAAUCUUACUCUCUUAUAUAAAGAUGCUGAUUUUUUUCCGGUGCUUCAUUUUGCAUGUUCAAAGAGAGCUUCAUAUACACUCUAUUUAAUGCAGUAUUAGCUUGUUUUCAUGUUGUUUUUUGGUGUAGAAAAGUAAUACAUUUGUAACCAGAAAUAUAGAUUAUGACUAUUUGGAAUGACAUUGGGCUAUGUAUAAAACAACAUUUCUUAUCCUACUAAUAUUUUUGAAUUUCUAUACAAAGUGGUGAUAUAAGUAAGGUUAAGUAACAUGGUUUAAGAGAAAUGGUACAUGAACAUGUAAAUGACACACAGGAAUUACAAUUCCUUCGCUUUUUUGGGGUAUUUCCGGGCCUUUUUGGGCAUUAAGUUUUUAAUUUUAGGCCAAAUUUUCAAGAAAAUGGGCCAUAAAUGUUCAAAAUUUGGGCCCAAUAUUUACGGUUUCAAGGGCCAAAAUGUGGAAAAAAUCAGACUUAAAAUAUGGGCCCCCUUUGUUAGUUUGCAGAUCUGCCCCUGCAUUAUUACAACUUUUCGUCUUAUACCUUGAUGCUCCAGCGAGCAGGUAAAUACUGCAAAGGGGAGAACUUAUUCUGAAAAAGAGGACCAUAAUUCCACAUGUUCAUAUUCAAGUUCUUUAAAAAUGUGUUGCUUAACCUUCCUUAAUUAUUCACUUAAGUGCAAUAUAUCAUAGUUCAAACAUCUUUCUCCCGGACAUGAAAUUAACAUAAAAAUGUAAGGAUUGUUUUCAUUUCCAAAAUUUGGAAUAAGGGUUUAUUGAAAAAAACAAACAAGACAUUAUUUUUAACCAGAAAUAUACAUAUUACAACUAUAAUUAUCAAUAACAUUGGGCAAUGCAUAAAACACAUUUCAAAACUUUUAAAACAGGAAAAACCUUCCAUCAUUAUUUUCAUACAUUAACCCAUAAAAUAUCUAACA